AUGAUUUAAAAUUAACAAUCUAAAUUAGUUUUCAGUUUUCUCAUAAUUCAAUUAUUAGGUUAUAAUAAUUAUAAAUUGUUUUUUAUCAUUUGUUAAUAGAAUAUUACAUACUUUCAAAAUUAAUAAGCUUUAAUAAGUUUACUUAUCAAAAUCAAUAAUUAGAUAUGCUCAUUCAGAAAAUCUUAAAGCCUUAAAAAUUAUUACUAGACAUUUUAGAAAUAAUUUAUUAGCUAAUUAUAUUUAUUCAUAAAUAUUCUAAUAGUUAAGAUUAAAUCUUUUUAUAAAAAUGCUUAUUUCAUAUAUAGAACUAAGAGAGGAAUUUAACUCGAAGAUAUCUAAGCUAUGAGAUCUAAAUAAAUUGUUGAAAACAGGUUGAGGAAACUUACCAUAAUAGCAUAUUCAAAAUUAAUUAAAUAAUAAUUUUAUAUUUAUUAUUUUUUUUAUCAAAUAAGUAUUUAUUUAUAUUUAUUUUAAAAAUCAAAAUUAUUCAUCUAUUUAUUUAAUAAACUUAAAUAAUCUUCUAAACAAUAAAAUCUUUAUGUAAAAAGAGAUCGAAAUAAUUUUUAUAAAUUUUAUUGAUCUACCUACAUAUCAUAGAUAAAUAAAGAUAAUAUUAAGUGUAAAUAUGUAUGUAUAAUACAAUAUAUAUCAAAUGCUUGA